UGGCUGUGCAUGAUAGAAGUAAGGAAACUGAUGCAGUGUAAUAAAGAGUGGAUUGAGCCUGGCACAACUAUUUUUUUGGAUGGCUGGAAAUCCUACAGGAUUUAGGAAAAGAAGGUUUUGAACAUUUAUUUGUGAAAGGGAGUAUCAAUUUUGUGGAUAGUGAAUCUGGCUGUCAUAUAAAUACGAUAGAGAUUAUGUGGCAGCAUGUUAAAGGCGACAUGAAAUUGGUAUUUCUGCUAUUCGAAGAAGCAUUCAUUCAUGUUUUCAUUCAAUGCUUUCCAUGAAUCACUGAGGCCGUUCAGUUCUCAGUAUCGAUGUUAUUCUGUAUCUAUGCUACCAGGAAAUGAACGUCGUGAUGUAGAGAAGGGAGGAAAAAUUAUCAUGCCACCUUCAGCUUUAGAUCAUUUAACACGUCUAAAUAUUGUUUACCCUAUGCUGUUCAAAUUGGAAAAUAAGAGGACUCAUAGAGUUACACAUUGUGGAGUUUUAGAAUUUGUUGCAGAUGAAGGAAAAGUGUAUUUACCAUAUUGGAUGAUGAGAAAUCUUUUACUAGAAGAAGGUGGAAUUCUUAAUCUUGAGAAUGCAACUUUACCUGUUGCCACUUUUUCAAAGUUCCAGCCACAAAGUGAAGAUUUUUUAGAUAUAACAAAUCCUAAAGCUGUAUUAGAAAAUGCCUUAAGGAAUUUUGCCUGUUUAACUACGGGGGACAUGAUAGCUAUUGAGUAUAAUGAUAAGAUAUAUGAAUUUUGUGUUUUGGAAACUAGACCAGGAAAAGCAGUAUCAAUUAUUGAAUGUGAUAUGAAUGUGGAUUUUGCUCCUCCUGUUGGAUAUAAGGAACCUGAACCAAAAGCUGUUGCUGAGGAAGAGCCAACUCAACCUGUCGUAAAAGAGCCAGAGCUUCAUCCACCAGAUACAUCAUUUGUUGCAUUUUGUGGAAAAGGAAAUAGACUGGAUGGUAAAACAAAGGAAGUAGAAAUAUCUGACAAAGCACUCAAUGCACCUCCACCAAGAAGGUAAAUGUAUUCC